AUGACCUCUAUCCCCAUAUAUACCAACACCUGCAUCGCCCCCGGCCCCUCCGGCACAUUCGUCUAUCUGGUCGGGGUUCCUGUCACAAACGAGGGAAGAUUGGAGGUGUAUACUGUCGACCUUUCUAACAUCAACUCGCCUGUGGCCAAGUUUAUAAACAGCCAGACGAAUGCCAUCUGGACCAGUGACACCGUAAAGGCCUGUUUCAACUUUGAGAGCAGCCAGCAAAACAGUCCAUUUAUCCUUCAGCAGUUCCAACCAAACUCCUACUUCGUCAACAUCUAUCCAAAUGGCACCUUUGCUUCCCCGGGGUACUUUAAUAACACAGAGUUUGUCACGCCCAAGCUAUGCUCUAACAAUCUAAACUACCUUUCCUCGCAGUAUUCGACAAGCAAACCGCUAAUCUCGGUCGGUACUUAUGUCACCGCCUCGGAAACCAUGACCCAGGGUCACCACGUCGUCUUUGAUACCAAUGGUGGUGGAGUGUUUUACUCGGUCCUAGACUCCACUAUUACCAUGGACAAUGUUGCCUAUAUUCUGGACCAAGCACCUGAUGCUUCAAUCCGCCUCUAUUCCAUCAUUCCCAGUCAGUCGACUAACCUGUUACCCGUGCCGGUUUCAGGCAAUGUUCCCAUGUUUUCCCCCUUCAUGACCGUUACGGCCUUGAAUGAAAACAUUAUUCUCUAUUCGAUUUCAGGUGUCGGUGUUGCGACGUUCAACAGUUUUGACACUGAUGCAUUGGCCUGGAGUGGUCCUAAUUUGAUGAUGCCCGCAAGCCCACCGAGCCCACCGAAACCGUCGCCCACUUCCUGUCCAGACAGUGGUUGCUCCACGCCCACGUCUCAUACUGGCGCCAUCAUCGGAGGCGUUGUCGGCGGAUUGGCUCUCCUUGCCAUUGCUGCAUUCUUCCUUAUUCGUUACCGCCGCAAGUCCAACAAGAGCGCCUCUGGUGCAGUUUCUGCCAGCUCUACUGAGGCCGAGAGCCAGUAUAUGGGUACAGUGCAGCCAAUGCAGCAGAACCAUAUUCUAAAGCAUCAAUCGAUGCAGCUGCCUCAAUACCAACAACAGAACCAGCCUCCAACGCAGCUGCAACAUUGGCAGGCCAUUGACCCUUACCAGUCGCUCAACCCCCAGGCCCACAGUUUGAACGAAGGUAGUGGCUCUCCUACCCGGACUCUUGUUCAGCAGCAGCAACAGCCAAGCCCGGUCAUUUUCAGGCCUCAGUCUCAGUGGGAUGCUACCAGCCAAGCCCAUCUACAGCCCUAUAUGUACUUACCUCCAAGCGUUGGCACCGUCGCACCGCAGCAGACCAACACAGGAAUCAACGCAUCCUAUACCCAGCCAGUCUAUACGCAAGGAGUCAGUGCGCCGCAUACUCUCUAUGCUCCUGCAAGUCAGAUCCACACAACCCCCAUUGGCAGUCAGCAGAAUGUGCAGCCACAAUCGGUCCCAAAAUAA